AAGUGGCGGAAGAACCUAGAAACAGCUUUUACAGCUUGAAUGAGAAAACCAGCCCAAGGGGCAUCCCAUCUCGUGCGGCCCAAGCUUUUCAAACUGUGUUUCCUCAGCUGUUGAGUUGGAACUGAGUUAACAUGGAAAAUAGUCGUAUAGGAACCUGACACCGUUGUUUCUCUCCAUGAAGCACCUUUGCUCCAGUGGCCCAGAGGAGCCCCAGGCAGGGUCCUAACCUCUCUUGACUUAUCCCAGCUACCGGGUGUUCUGCCUCAUGGGAGAUGGCGAGUCAUCAGAAGGCUCCGUCUGGGAGGCCUUGGCCUUUGCUUCCCACUACAGUCUGGACAAUCUGGUGGCCGUCUUCGACGUGAAUCGCCUGUCCCACAGUGGAGCCUUGCCCCUCGAGCACUGCAUAGACGUCUAUCAGAAGCGCUGUGAAGCAUUCGGGUGGAACACUUUCGUGGUGGAUGGCCGCGACGUGGAGGCACUCUGCCAGGUGUUCUGGCAGGCAUCGCAAAUGAAGAGCAAGCCCACUGCUGUCGUUGCCAAGACCUUCAAGGGCCGUGGCAUUCCAAGUGUUGAGGAUGCAGAAAAUUGGCAUGGAAAGCCAAUGCCCAAAGAGAGAGCAGAUGCAAUUAUCAAACUAAUCGAGAGCCAGAUACAGACCAACAGGAACCUUGAACCAAAACCCCCUGUUGAAGACUCACCUCAAAUCAACAUCACAGAUAUAGAAAUGACCUCUCCACCUGCUUACAAAAUCGGCGAUGAGGUAGCUACUCGCAAAGCAUGUGGUUUGGCUCUGGCUAAGCUGGGUCAUGCAAAUGAUAGAGUCAUUGUGCUGGAUGGUGACACCAAGAAUUCCACCUUCUCUGAGAUAUUCAAGAAGGAAUACCCUGAGCGGUUCAUCGAGUGCUCUAUUGCCGAGCAAAACAUGGUGAACGUGGCACUGGGAUGUGCCACCCGUGAUCGGACCGUUGCUUUCGUGUGUACCUUCGCUGCCUUUUUGACCCGAGCGUUUGACCAGAUCCGCGUGGGAGCCAUCACUCAAGCCAACAUCAACCUCGUUGGGUCCCACUGUGGGGUAUCCGUAGGUGAAGACGGCCCCUCCCAGAUGGCCCUGGAGGAUCUGGCCAUGUUCCGAGCCAUCCCAAACUGCACUGUCUUCUACCCAAGUGAUGCCAUUUCCACGGAGCAUGCUGUUUUCCUGGCGGCCAAUACCAAGGGGAUUUGCUACAUUCGGACCAGUCGCCCAGAAAGUGCAGUUGUUUACACCCCACAAGAGAGCUUUCAGAUUGGACAGGCUAAGGUCAUCCGCCAGAGCGUCGACGACAAGAUCACAGUUGUUGGAGCAGGAGUUACUUUGCAUGAAGCCUUAGCAGCUGCAGAUGAGCUUUCCAAGCAGGAUAUUUCUGUCCGUGUCAUCGACCUGUUUACUGUUAAACCCCUGGAUGCUGCCACCAUCAUCUCGAACGCAAAAGCCACAGGCGGCCGGAUUAUCACAGUGGAGGAUCACUACCCAGAAGGUGGUAUCGGGGAGGCCAUCUGUGCAGCGGUCUCCAUGGAGCCUGACAUCCUGGUCCAUCAGCUGGCAGUGCCAGGAGUGCCUCGGAGUGGGAAGCCGAGUGAGCUGCUGGAUGUGUGUGGAAUUAGUGCCAGACACAUCAUAGUGGCUGUCAAAUGCGUUCUGAUGAAUUAAAACAGCUGUGGGCUUUGGUCUUGAGAGACCAGCCCCAAUGCCUCACGUUUAGGCUUUGGUGCCACACAGUGAUUUAAAUGCACACUGUUGUGCUUUUACUACUUUCAGAAGCAAGACAAGUUAACUCCUUUCCUGUUAAGCCGUAACUACAUAGUGUAACUCUUUUGAAUCUUUAAAGUACAUUAUAAGAAAAGGUUUUAAGGGACAGAAUAGCUAACAAAACAACCACCUGAUCAUAAGUGUUCUGAUGAGACUACAGAUAACUGGGCAUAGGGUUAGGAGGCCAACAGAGGGCAACAGUUUGUGAAAUGGGUGUACUUUUCCUUGUGAGUAGAGGAAGUGUGAAGUGAAGUGGAGACUGCAGUCGCCCAGAUUGCAGCCCCGUAUCACUGCGCUGCGCACUGCUGCCGUCCUACCUGCAGCCUCCCAGGUACCGUGUGACUGCAGUUGCCCUGGAGUGUCCUCCGGUGUUUGCUUUCAUCUCCCUCCUACGGCGCGGUGCCCAUAGAGCAGCAGCGAAAGCUCUCAGGACGUCCUGCGCUGCUUGCAGUGACGGUUCUGUGAAGAGAGGACACACCUAGUUCUAGCUCCACACUGCACCUCUUGGGAGAUCUCAGAGGGGUCGCCUUUGCCCAGUGACCAAAUGAAACUGUUAGCUCAAUUAUAUUCAUGUCCUAAGGA